AUUGCAAAAAAGGGUUCCCCGAGUGCCGGCUGCAACGGAGAUCCAUCCACAGCCGCCGCCGAAUUUCCCCACUUCACCGACGCAGCAGCAAUGGCGACGCCACCAUCACCGAUCAUCCGCUGUCUCCUCCUCCUCCUCGUCGCCUUCCCCUCUCACCCGCGGGCCAGGGCCGCCGCGGGGCCCGCGCGGCUGUCCCCAUCCCCGUUCGACGCCGCGUUGGCGAAGCUCCAGGCGCGGAUCGGCUACGCCUUCCGCGCGCCGGACCUCCUGCGCCGCGCCAUGACGCACGCCUCCUACUCCGGCGAGAACGGCCGCGCGCUCGCCGUCCUGGGCCUCGCCGCCGCCCAGUCCGCCGCGGCGCUCGGCGCCCUCGCCGCCGACAACGACGCCGCGGCAUCCGCCGUGUCGCGCCGCGCCAGCGAGGCGGCCUCCGAGGCCGCGUGCGCCGCCGCGGGGACGCACGUCGGGAUCCCGGCCAUCGUGCGCGUCGCUAGCCGGACCAGCGCGUCCGCGGCACCCGUCGUCUGCGGCGCGCUUCGGGCGCUUAUCGGCGCCGUCGCCGUCGACGCCAAUAGCACGGACGCUGCCGUGGAGGUGUUCUGGAGGCUGCACGUGCUCACUGCUGCCGCCGCCGCCGCCGCCGCCAUGUGAGGGGGCCGGGAUCGUCAUCCAGCACCACCUUCUAGUAAUCUACUACUAUUACUGGAGUAGUGUGGAUUCGCACCGUCAUCCGUGUUCGUUUCUCUUGUGUUUAGUUCAGUGACUGCUCCUCAACUCUUCUGAUGUUCAGCUAUCACUUACUACUAGGCUCUACAUCUACUCUUAGUAUGCAAUGCUCCAUCCAGGAAUGUCCAUUUGGCUGCACAUUUGGAUUUCUGGCUGCAAUAAAAUGUGAUGGGUCGUGGAA